UUCUCCCUCGCUUUCACUGAUUCGAUCUUUACUUCUCUCUCUCUCUCUCUCUCUCUCUCUCUCUCUCUCUCUCUCUCUCGCGUUCCUGAUAGGAAAUUCACUAUCUAGUUUUAGAUCGACAUUGUUCUUCAGUGUUCUGUUGAAUUCACACUGUCCAUUUUCUUGCAUUUUCUUUCGUAUUUUAUAUUCCAUUUUCUCGGGAAAAAGAAGCAUGGGAAUUGUAAAGGAUUGUGUCAGCUUUUUCCUCCAUGUGGAGUCACUGAAACGAUACAGUUUCAAACACCCACUUUUCUUUUGAGGGUACUGGAGCUUGGCUGGAGCUUGACGAUACGGUAAAAUGGGGGGUUUUAGGGGUCUCUGUGAGGUGGGUGUUGCUUGAUUUUGAGGAUUAGUUGGUCGGUUCUUCAAGCUUCAGGUGAAAACCAGUGGUGUAAGUGUAAAUUUAUAGAGUUUGAGGUAGAAAACGUGGAUAUUUUCCUAGGAGCUCCAAGAGGCUAUUUGAUGAUGUAUUGCUGUUAGAUAAAUAAUAUUUGAGAUUUAAGCUGCUUUUAGCUAAUUUCAGCGUAUUGUGAAGGGAAAAAUGUGGGGUUCGAUUGAGAUUAUAUGUUGGUUUGGGAUGAUUUUUAAAGCUAUUUCUGGUAAUGUUAUGGAUUCAAUCUAGCGGACGAGUAGGUGAACUGGAAAUUUUGGGGGUUUUGAGGGAAGAAGGCUGAUCUCCUGUAAUAUUUGCUUAUUUGAAGAGAAUUGUAAUCCAUGUCUGGUGGUCCGAGGGUGAGGUCUAUGAAUGUGGCUGACUCAGAGGGAAGACAUGUCUUGGGACCUGCUGGGAACAAGGCUGGGUCAUUGACUAUGCUUAAACCGGCCUCGAAGCCUUUAAGAACGGUUGAGAAAUCACCCAUGGAAGUAACAGUUGCUGAGGAGAAGAAAGCUCAUCCAUCAUCUACUGUUACUGCAUUUUCUCCUAAAAAGCACUCCGUUAGUGUUCCUUCAGUGCUGCGGCGCCAUGAACAGUUAUUGCACUCUAAUUUAUCCUUAAAUGCUUCGUGUUCAUCCGAUGCCUCUACAGAUUCAUUUCAUAGUCGAGCAUCCACUGGUCGGUUAACCCGGUCAUAUAGUGUUGGGAGUAGGAGGAAGCUAUGUCCAUCAAAGCCAAGAAGUGUUGUUUCUGAAGGUGGCUUGGAAUCUCCACCCAAUGGUUCACAGAAUGAGAAGAGAUGUGCAUGGGUUACGCCAAAUAUUGAUCCAUGUUAUGCUGCUUUCCAUGACAAAGAAUGGGGAGUUCCAGUGCACGAUGACAAGGGAUUAUUUGAGCUUCUCGUACUUUCUGGUGCUUUGGCUGAACUCACAUGGCCUACAAUUCUAAGCAAAAGGCACAUUUUUAGGGAAGUUUUUGCCGAUUUUGAUCCCGUUGCAGUCUCAAAAUUUAAUGAAAAGAAAAUAGUAGCACCCGGGACUGUUGCCUCAUCCUUGUUAUCCGAACUUAAGUUGCGCGCGGUCAUUGAGAAUGCACGCCGAAUUUGUAAGGUCGUAGACGAGUUUGGUUCAUUUGACAAGUAUAUCUGGAGCUUUGUAAACCACAAGCCUAUAGUUAGCAGAUUCCGAUAUCCUCGGCAAGUACCUGUUAAAACUCCGAAAGCAGAUGUCAUUAGCAAAGAUUUGGUAAAAAGAGGAUUCCGGAGUGUUGGGCCUACAGUCAUCUACUCUUUCAUGCAGGUGGCUGGGCUAACAAACGACCAUCUCAUCAGUUGCUUUAGAUUCCAGGAGUGUAUAACCGCCGCAGAACGGAAGGAAGAAAAUGGGAUCAAGGAUAAGUCUGCGGAUAAGAAAAACGAUGACACAAAUGAAUCAGAAUUAUCGAUAUCCAUUGACAAACUGACUUUCUCCUCGGAAUGAUGAAUCAAGGACAGUCUUGGUUAUCGCCUGAUGGAGCUCCAGGUUUCAGUCAUCAGAUCUACCUGGUUCAGGGUUACUUUUUGGUCGUUACUAAAUGUGUUAUUUUGUGUAUAAAACUCGAUGAAGUUGCUACUUGUAGUGGAUUAUUAGACUGUAGAUUACUGAAAAUGAAUUAAAAUUAACUGGUGAUUUGUGCUUGUGAUGGGGACCCUUUGAAAACGAGGCGGUUGAUGUA